UCCCCAACAACUUGAAACAACGGUUUUCACACAUCAAAGAUACCUUCAAAUCAAUCUCACAAAAAAAAUUUGAAAGUUGAGGAAAAGAUAUCCAACAUCAUCAUGUCUGAAUGGUCACCUGAAAAUGCCAAGAAGGCUUAUCUUCAAGCUCUCAAAAUGGCCAAAAGGGACAAAGAACCCGAUGUAGCCGAAUUCAUAUCAGCUAUUGCAGCAGGAAAAAAUGCACAACUCAUGGUGGUAGCAAGUGCUAACGUGGCUAGUUCUACCACGCUAGCACUAGCUGCGGCCUCUCAACAAACACACGGCCGUGUGAUAUACAUUUCAUCUGGACAAAAUGAAUUACAAGCAUCCAAAGAAGCUUUAGGAGUUCAUAAAGAUAGUGUUGAGUUUGUUGUAGGAGAUGCUAAAACCCUUCUCUUAAAUGACUACAAAGGAGCUGAUUUUGUUCUUGUAGAUUGUGACAUGAAUAAUGCAAGAGAAGUUUUUCUAGCAGCAUUUAAAGGUGCCAAUAAAGAUGGAGCACUUGUGGUUGGUUAUAAUGUUAGGCAUAGGGCAUUGAGAUGGAGACAAUUUAGGGCAACAUAUUUACCUAUAGGAGAAGGGUUGCUUGUGACCAAAAUUGAUCUUAAUGUGAAGAAAGAUUAUGAUAUGGUUGUCCAAAGGAAUAAGAGUAAUUGGAUUGUUCAAGUAGAUAAUUGCACCGGAGAGGAACAUAUUUUUAGGGUCACCUCUCCUAAUAAGAAAAUACAUGUCGAGGUUUAAGUCGUAAAUUGAUCGAUGAUGCUGACAACAUACUCUUUAACAUAUCUUGUAUUAUUAGAUAAAAUUCAUGUGGAGUUUAAAGAAAUUUAUCUAAUAAUGUAAGUAUGUUAAAAGUAGUACUUAGGAGAAUAUAUUUCAAUCACUUAUGGUAAAUUUUAAUUGACAGGUCUUGAAGAAUUGAGCAGGAGCAAUUUGAUAUUCUGUUGUAUCUUUGUAUUGACUCGUUAUUUGUUGUGGUCUGUAAUUUACAAUCUUGGCUUGUAAAUGAAAAAAAUAUAUAUUAGUUAUAUAUGCAUGUUUUUUGGUCAUAAA